GCAGUUCUAUUUCCAUUAAGGUGAUAAUAAAUAUGAUUUCUGAUCCAGAUUGAAAUCCAAUUAAGUGACUUUGAUAACUCCCAUUACACAGUAAUGCGCCCCAAACAAGGCCAUCCAAAGUGUCGAGAGCAUCGGUGAUACGAAGCCCCAUUACCCAGCGACUCUGAGCCGAGGGGUUUCAUUUUCAAUUUCUCGUUCCAGAUCCGCCGAUAAGCCGGACAAAAUGGUUUAUUAAAAUAAUUAUCAUUCGCGCAAUAAAAUAAUACGAAUGCUCUGUGUGUAAUGAUUAUUUCCCAUCGAAAGGCCCCGCCGAUUUGGCAUAUAAAUCGGGUCCGAAAGUCGCGCGAAACUGUUUCAACUACCGGAUAGAGUAGAGUAGUCCGAAACCGAAUCAUGGAGUGAGCUAAUGGCGCUACUGUUCUGGCUCACCCUGCUCCACCUCGUCUGCUGGCCGGUAUCGGUAUCGGUAUCGGCUGAGAACGAAGCCAACAGCCGGAUCGUGGGCGGCGUUCCCGUCGAUAUAGGUAGUGUUCCAUAUCUGGUUAACCUACGGAUUUCGGGAAACUUUAUAUGUGGCGGGUCAUUGGUUACGCCCCGGCACGUGGUUACGGCAGCGCAUUGUGUCAAGGGAGUGGGAGCUUCCCGGGUCCUGGUCGUGGCCGGAGCUACGCGACUCACAGAGCCCGGGGUGAGAGUGGGCGUGGAAAAGGUGUACACCCCGAAAGCCUACAAUACCCGGACCCUGAACACAGACGUGGCCGUUCUGAAGCUCAAAACGCCCAUCAGUGGUCCGAAGAUAUCCACCAUUGAGCUGUGCAACACCACCUUCAAGGCCGGCGACCUGAUCAAGGUUUCCGGCUGGGGACAAAUCACCGAACGCAACAAGGCCGUCUCCCUGCAAGUGCGCAGCGUGGAGGUGGCCCUCAUCCCAAGAAAGUCAUGCCAGAACCAGUACAAGAUGCGAGGCACCAUCACCAGCACCAUGUUCUGCGCCUCGGUGCCAGGAGUAAAGGACUCCUGCGAGGGCGACUCUGGCGGACCGGCGGUCUACCAAAACCAGCUCUGCGGUAUCGUGUCAUGGGGCGUGGGCUGUGCCCGGAAAAACUCACCCGGUGUCUAUACGAAUGUCAAGACUGUUAGGAGCUUCAUCGAUAAGGCGUUGAAUAUGUAGACAAGUUAUGAAUCACAAAUACAGAUAGCCCUAUAAUGGACUUGCUACUCCA